UUUGUAAUAAGAUACGAACGCAUGUGUUGUUUCACUUUUGUGCUCUAAAGAAAUAUUGGUAGUUGAGGUAUAAAUGGACAGCAGAAGUUACGAAAUUAAAAGGUCAAGGCUUGUAUAUCAAUGAAAGUUAACAAUUCUUAAUUUAUUUAUUUAAGUGAACUUUAAAUUUACCAUAAUGCCGGAAACUACGACCCCUCCAGUAACCUUUGCGGAAAUGCGAGCGAUGGUGUUGGAUCCGGAUCGCCCACGAAGAACAAUAGCGGUGAAAGGAGUUAACCUUCCAGGUGCCAAUUUUCUAAAAUCUCCUCAGGAGCUCCGUGUCGAGCGCUUCUUUGAAUCAUGCGCAUUUAAAUCAGGUUUAAGUUUCGUAGCGGGAGGUGCUUUCGGCGCUGCUAUGGGCCUAUUUGCGGCCUCCUUUAACCCAAACGUUGGGGAUCCGUCCAAACAAACGGCGCGCGAGAUCUUUCGAGAUAUGAAGACAACAACUGUUGGCUAUGCAAAAAACUUCGCAAUUGUUGGACUGAUUUUUGCAGGUGUCGAGUGCGCAAUCGAAAGCCAUCGAGGGAAAAGUGACUGGAAAAAUGGAACGAUGGCUGGCGGAAUAACGGGAGGCCUUAUAGGUCUGCGAGCAGGAAUUAAACCAGGUAUUAUGGGUGCCGUAGGAUUUGCUGCCUUCUCAACAUUGAUCGAUUAUUAUUUCCGAUAUCGCGAAUGGUAAGGAGGCAUAAUGAACAAAGAACAUAUUACUGAAUAGGUGGUAAAUCAUCAGCGCAUGAAGCAUUCCAUGAUAUGGUGGCGUCUGGGCGGAAAUAACCCUUCGAAGAUAGGCUUAAGAGCCACUACAAGGCAUGGAGUCUGCCUAGGAAGAUGUGCAGUCUCAAUCUACUGUAUAGAUCGCUCAGAAACGGCUUCAACGACAGCCCACAAGGGCAGUCGUUCAUGGAGCGUAAUUUGCAGGCUUUAUUGCGCUAGGAAUGUUUCGCUGUAUAUUGACGACUGUGGUCUUCAUACUCUCAGUAAUAAAUUUUAGUAAGGGGGAAUAUGAAGUAGUAUAUGGUGGCAUGAGAUAUUAGUGACCUUAUAGAAACUAAUACACGCAUUCGAAAAUUAGGCUAUUAGAAUUCUUAUUAUGUCAUACCUGAUAUAUUUUUAAAUAGCCCGCUCUAACUAAUGAUCGUAUAUUAUGUCGGACACAUAUAUAAAUUAUAUACGUUUUAAGUUCAAUAUACAUUACCCAUGCAUGGUACUAGAACAUUGGUAUAUUCAAGGUAAUAAGUUAACUUUGUAGAACUUGAGUAGUUUUGUACAGUAGUCUCUUUUACACAAUUCGAUCUGGGUCAGGACUAAUUUUAUUUUUUAUUCCUGUCAUCGCUGAUACCAUCAGAAAGUACAUUCAAACUACUCACAAGUUCCGGAGAUCUUAUUCGAAUCUAUAAACUGCGUAAAUAUGUUUCAUCUAAGGCAUUAUGAAACUUAAUAAAAACACUGCAACAUUAACGAGCGA